GCUUUCACUGUGUGGUGUGUAAGCAGUGGGACACCCAAGUCAGGCCGCCAUGAGAUAAGCCACGCCGAUCCCUCCCCCCUUUUGGCCCGGCCCCCUGCCACCCAUAUCUCUAAUUGUGAGGUGCCUGACGUAAGAGCUCCCUUCAAAGGUGCUGCCUUGGCCCCGGUUCAAGUAUUUAAUAGGGAAACUCUGCGGCUUGUUGUCUCCCUGGUAUUUGUUGGCUGGCUGGUGGGGGCUCCGCCCCAGUGUACCUGCCGCUCACCCUGGUUCCCAGGAACUGUCCCGUCCCGCGCUCAUUCGGGCUCUGCCCCAAGAGAGAGCACAGCGCGGAUGCCCAGCUCCAGCUGGCUCCCAGCCCCUCCAUAGACAACAAUUGGGUUGGCAGCCAUGGCAGUGAAAAUCUCCCUGUGGCAUCACUACCUGCAGGCUAUCCAGUCCCGGGAGACGCCCAAGAUCCAGGACUACCAGAGGGCUGAGAACGUCCUCCUGACCAUUCUGGAGAGGGUCCAGGAGCUGGACCCCAGGUUCCGGGUGGAUUACUCCAGGGACCUGGAAGCCUUCCAGUUUGCCCUGCGGACCUCUGAGGAUGAUCUGACUAUAGAAGUGCCCCUGUGGGUGGACUCCGAAGCCCUGUUGGCUCAAGAGGCAACGGACGGUCAGCCCGAGGGAAGAAGGGUUCAGGAGAACCCUCUCAGCCCAGCUCCCUACAUGCUAGGGAUUCCUCGGGAUGCAACUGGCUUGGAGAGAUGGAUGACUGAGGAUGUCUUCAACCCAUCUGAGAGCACUGAAUGCCAAGGCUACAUCCUGCCCAGCAAGGUCCUCGGGCAUUUGAAGGAGCUUCUUGUAGCUGCCAUUGUCCACUGCAAGCACCACUGUCUCAUCAUGCCAGGUUCCCUGAAUGCAGCGAAUUUAAAGGAAGAAGAUCUCCACAUGUCUCUGCUGGUGUCCAGUGGUUGGAGAAUGAUCUGCUUUAACAUCAUUCCUGUGGUCAAGAGGAACCGCAGUAUUCUUCAUCUUCAAAGGAAGCACCUGGCCCAAGGUUUCCCAGAUGGCAGCUUGGAGAAAAUUCAGCACCAAGGAGCUGAUCUCAUACCCUCAGAUUCCCAUCAUUGGAGGGUCUCCACCGACAACCUCAUCAGCAAACUCCUCAGUAUCGUGGGCUCCCUCCAAGGCUACCGUCUGGAGAGCCUCUCGGUCUUGGACAGGGUCAACAAUGAGAGCUGGCGAGAGGGAGGCAAGAAGGCCGGCCUCACGUUUGACCAGCUGAAGAUGGUGCUGCUGUGGGCCACCGAGCUCUUCCCUUCCCCGGAGGACUGGACCGACCUGGAGGGCUCCGUGUACCGGCUCCUGGUGGUCCUGCUCUGCUGCCUGGCCGCCAGAAACCUCCCCCACUUCCUCUUCCCCAGGCACAACCUCCUCCAAGGCCGAGGUCUGGACCUGAACUCGGUGUACCAGCAAGUGGAGAAGUUCGCCAGCCAGCCAGAGCAGUCCCUGCAGAUCCACGUGACCCACCUGUUCGCCAGCCCCCCGAGGCUCGACACCGGCAUCAAGGCCCUCCUGCAGCUGCCUGCCAACAGCCCGAGCUACUGGCACACGGCCUAUUUCGACGUCCUCCUGGACAAGUUCCAGGUCUACAACAUUCAAGACAAAGAUCGGAUUUCAGCCAUGCAAAACAUCUUCUUGAAGACCAAGAAACUGGAGAAUUCUGGAAGCUGAGCUGCAUUGUUUUUGUUUUUGUUUCGUUUUGAUCCCUGAGAAGUUUCAGACUUUUUGGAAUCUUCUCAUGGAGCCAUUCUGCCUUUAUGGGGCUCUCGCUCCACUGGGUGCUCUUGUGGCUUCUCGUAGUCCUCAAACAAUGCCUCAGAGCACCAUGGGACGAGAUGGGAAUGGGAAUGGCAUCAGUUUUCUGGGAGAUCUUAGCAUUCCGCUUGUUUUCCCAGAAGGCAAUCGGUGAUGGGAUCUGUAUGAACUGUGGCCAUUUGGAUAGUGAGAUUUCCCAUGGUGACCCAAAUCCAGCCCCAUGGGUGCUGCCAGAACCAUAUUCUGCUACCCCAAAGUUCCGUCUUUGGUCUCUAGGAUUAGUGUUCAGAUUUGCUGCUUUUAUUUAUCCUCAGGGAUAUUGGUGGGGGGAGUCCCCACACCAAUGCAAGCAUAUUCACCAUUGACAAUGGGUAGAUGUACAUGAUUUGGAGCUCUCGGGUGAUUUUGUGGCAAUGAAAUGUAACAUGUUUGAUCUAAAAUAAAUAAGCGCCAGGGUACGAGGUCUGUGGAUGCAGUAAGAGUGCUUUUCUGGAAGUG